CAACCUGUGAACAACUCCUGCAGGCCUGUUGUAUUGGACAAGUAGUGCAACGACGUCGGAACACGCAAUGCAGCCAGCACUAGCUUUACGUUCAGCACGACUGACUCUCUUCACCCGCGUCAACUGCGGCUUAUGCGACGUGGCCAAGUCGCGCCUGAUGGAAGUGCAGCAGCGACGAACCGUUGACUACUCGGAAAUAAACAUUGAUGCUCCUGGGCAGAAGCAAUGGAAGGACGUCUACGACUAUGAUGUCCCUGUCCUACACAUCGACAAGAACAGCACCGAGGGACUGACACUCGACGCGGCGAAAAAGCUCAUGCACCGCUUCACGGUCGAAGAAGUGGAAAAGGCGCUUGAUGAGAUCGAACAAUCCUCGUCUUGAUUCCGCCAUUGGUGUCUACUUUCUCUCCUUGGUAGCCAGAUUCACGGCGCCGUAUGCAGCUCCCUUCACGGCUUGUGCGGCGGCGUGACCAUACGAUCCCUUUGCUUUUGACAGGGACUCGGCCAUAAAUGUUGGGACGGCUGUCAUGUCGUUGACCACAGAAAUCUAGCAGGGAAGUGAGCUUGGCUCGACCUGGCUCUGAGAAUUGCGUCUUACCAUCUGGAAUCCCAUAUCGGCGUACCCUCGGGCAACCUCUCCUGAUGGACAAUAAAUUCCGGAUUUCUUACCAGCAUCUUGAGCAGCUUUCAGAAUUCGAGCAAUGGCCUCCUUCAACUCUGGACUGAAGUCAUCCUCGACAGGGUGCCCAAUGUUGUUUCCUAAAUCCCAAGGGCCAAUGAAUAGGACAUCGAUUCCGUCGACUUUCGCGAUCUCUUCGACCUAGAAUCCUGUCAGCAAUUUGGCCUCUUUCUUGAUCAAGCUAGACCAUUCACGUACACAGUCCAAGGCCUCUUUUGUCUCGAUCUGCACAAUUGUCAAGAGGUUGUCAUUCGCAUUCUUCAUGUAAUCAAAUCCAGACAGAUUUCCCUUCACAUCAAAAGAGCCCAUGGAGAAAGGGCUGCCGAACCCUCUUUUGC